AGAUAUGUCGAAUGAUAAAGGAUUAUUGGAAUGUCUUCCAAUUUAUUCAUUCCUCUUUUUGAAUGAAAAAGGCUCUAGCUUAUAUAACGCUUAUGACCGAAAUGAUAUUUCAGAAGUAUAUGGCCUACCAGGGAUUCAUGAAUGUAUUAACGGCCAAAAAUCUUUAAAAGCUAUGAUUGACAUAGAUGCUUCACAAGAAGAUAUGAAAAUAGCUGAUGUUAAGACGCAAAAAAACAUUUUCAAUGGAUUAAUAAUCACUACAUCAUCAGACAUUAGCAAGUAUAGCUACCAUAUUUUAUAUAUAUCGGCUUUUCUUAUUGAUCAUCACGAACUCAAAGCAUUUACUGAAUUAGUAUAUACUAUAACUGGGAAAAAUUCAGCAAGUUUAUCAAUUGAAAAUUACCUGGUCAAAAUUUUAACCUUCGUCUUAUUGGUUCGGCAAAAAAAGGUUCAACUGCCUUCUAGUUUGGGACUUGAAGUAAGACCUCAGAUGCUUAGUGAAGAAAAAAAUAAUAAUCCAUUAAAAAUAAUUCAAGGAAGUGAUGAACCUGAGGAAGUUUUUGAAUGCAACUCAUCUAUUGCAGAAAAAAUUCAGAAAGAAAAUAAAAAUUCUUCACAAUUAUCUCACAAGGCCAAACAGACUUCCUUGUUACCUUUUGAGAAUCAUAAAAGUGCAUCACUUAUUUGUCAUCUUAGAAAAGAUCUACAAGGAAUUGUUCAUGCUCUCAAGACUGAAUUUCCAGAACUAGGGAUCAAGGAAUAUCACGGUAAAUCUGAUCUAAUAGAAAAAGCUCAAGAUUUCAGCAACGUAGGUAUAGUAGUUUCUAUCAUAGAAUUCGUUCCUAAACCUGAAGAUACUACGAUAUUGCUAUCCCAAAUAGUAAAGACUGCUGAAUUAUUGGAGAAUAAACCAAAGAAGACUUUAGAAGAGAUGCGCUCUUUAGACCAGUAUCAUAUUAUGGAUUGCUAUGGAGUUCUACCUGAAUUACUAACCGAAGACCAUCUCAAAAUAUAG